CAUUACAGAUCAUGUUGGAUUUAUCUCCGGUCUGGAUUAUUCAACACAUUCAGAAUUAAAAUCAACUCAACUUUAUGAUAUAAUCGAAUGAAGUAGCAAGACUUCAAGUUAUCUAAUCAACCUAGGACUUAUUCUUCAUUAUUAUUUUCAAGGAUAAGUUAUUCAAUAUGAUUCCAGUGCAGCUGAUCUCAACUUUGAUAGUGGCGUGUGGUUGUAGUGUGCUCGCGGACGCAAUGCAAGCUAACUUCACCCUGGAGAAUGACAUUCAGUCCAGCUUCAUCCAGCGGCGGCUGAAGAGCCAGGAGCGCAGAGAGAUGCAGCGGGAGAUCCUCUCCAUCCUCGGGCUGCCGCACCGGCCCCGUCCGCUCCUGCUCGAGAGACACACCGCAGCUCCCAUGUACAUGCUGGAUCUGUAUAACGCCAUCCUGGAGGACGGAGAUCGACGCAGCGGGAUUGCGUACUCUUAUGAACCGGCGUACACGACCCCGGGACCCCCGAUGAUGACCCAACAGGACAGUCGUUUUCUCAGCGAUGCCGACAUGGUGAUGAGCUUUGUCAAUCUGGUGGACCCAGAUGAAGACCUCCAUUUAUAUCAUCAGCACCGUAGAGAGUUCCGCUUUGACCUCUCCCGCAUCCCGGCGGGAGAAACCCUGACUGCUGCAGAGUUCCGCAUCUACAAGGACUUUGUGCACGAGCGUUAUGAAAAUGAGACAUUUCGUGUCAGUGUGUUCCAGGUGCUUCGACAGCAGCCCAAAAGGGAGCUGUACCUGCUGGACUCGCGAGUCGUAUGGGCGGCAGAAGAAGGAUGGCUGGUAUUUGACCUCACGGUCACCAGUAACCACUGGGUCAUAAAACCUGGUCAGAACUUGGGACUGCAGCUUUCUCUGGAAAGCGCAUAUGGUGAGAGAAUGAACCCAAGGAGAGCAGGUCUGGUGGGCAGCAGUGGACCUCAGAAUAAGCAGCCAUUUAUGGUGGCGUUUUUGAAAGCAUCAGGAAUCCACCUCCGUAGUGUACGCUCAGCAUCAGGAAACAAACAGAGGGGUAACCACCGUUCUAAAAACCCCAAACCUGGUGUUGCACCCAGCCAGGUGGCUUUAAAGACAGCUGAGGCCACAGACGGUGCCAGCGUAGAUCCCAAACAAGGCUGCAAGAAGCAUGAACUCUAUGUGAGCUUCAGAGAUCUGGGAUGGCAGGACUGGAUCAUUGCUCCAGAGGGUUAUGCUGCGUACUACUGUGAAGGAGAAUGUGUGUUUCCUUUGAACUCUUAUAUGAAUGCCACAAACCAUGCUAUUGUACAGACACUGGUCCAUUUCAUAAACCCAGAAACAGUCCCGAAGCCCUGCUGCGCUCCAACUCAGCUGCACGGAAUUUCUGUUUUGUACUUCGAUGACAGUUCCAAUGUAAUAUUGAAAAAGUACCGCAACAUGGUUGUCAGAGCCUGUGGAUGCCACUAAUCACUACUUCUGCCCAUGCCGGAGGGAUUCAUAAAGUAUGGAAAAAAUACGGGACGCAAAUACUUAUUUUUUUAGUGACUAUCAGGUGCCCAGUGAGGAAAGAGACUCAUUACUGGAUCAAAACUGGACUUUUCUGUUAGAAGACUCAUUUUCAUGUAAGACUCAAAACUCCUGGAAUUGUUUGAGGUUGACCAAAGCUGAGUCAAGUGUGGGGCCUUCUGGCUUUCAUUUCUGUAUAGAAAGCCAAGUUUGGAGUAUCAAAGAGGACAUGAGCAGAUACAGAGAGAGAGAAAAAAAAAAACUGGCCUCACAGAUUUAACCAGACUGAUCAGGGAAGAUGUAAUUGAUUUAAGCACAUUGCUCUAUAUAGUUGUAAUUACAAAAAACACUUUUACACACUAUGGCAUGUUUUCUGUAUAUAAUUCACUUAAGUAAUUUCUGCAAAAAUCCUGCUAUGACUAACCUUAUCAAAAUAUCUGAGACCACUAGUGAAAAUGUUUGUGUUUUGGUGAAAUGAAAAUGAUUUUAUGUUUUAAUAUUUCCUUUUCUUUAAAAAUCAUAUUAUAAGUAUAACAAUGUGAUAACAUUGUGAGUAAAACAACAAUGUGAGUAAAAAGUUGAAUGAAAAACUCUUUCAGCAUGAUUUGAAAAUGUGUGCUUCAGUGGGAGAAUUUAUAAUCUUAAAUAUUUAUUUUUAAUUCUACAUCAAAAUUUGGUUAGUUGCUGGUUUAAAUGAGAUGUUAAAUCACAGAAAUUCCUUGUGGUCACAGUCUUUUAGACUCCACUGUAUUUCAGCACAAGAUGUGAGUUAGAAAUAUAAGUUCUGGGUGUCUGUUACAAUGAGUCAAAGCAAUAUUUUCACUCUUCACACAAUUGCACUAUUUCAGGACACUCAACAAACCCUUUCACAUAUGUUCAGCACUCGAUUAAACAGGACUGCAGAAGAUAUGAAAUUCAAUUUUGCCUUGGAGUCACUUUGGUUUCAUUGCAUACAUGAAAGAACACAUGUUUUCUCUCAGCAGUUAUCAGUUCCUCAGUCAUAAAAAAACCGGCCUGGAUUUGGCCUUUUAGGGGCUUCAGUCAAGCUCAUAGUUUCGUGUUUACAACUCCACUGGCAAUUGAUUUCGAGUGAAUAUAUUUAAAUU